AUGGUUGACCGACCGGACCGUCUGUUUCAACACAUCCUUUAUCCAAUAUUCCUAGCAUCACUCGUACAAGCAAGUCUCUGGACGGUCGACAUUGACAAUGGCCCAGCUCCUUCUCCAGAAGACGGUCCUCCCCUGUCUGCUCACGCUUCUCGGGAUUCUAGCUUGCUGGCCGGUCAGAUCUGUGGAAUCAUAGGCGCAUAUCUAGCGACUGUCUUUAUCCUUGGAAGCCUUCUUCUCACAAUCGGAAGACGAAUGCGACGAGCGGCUCUGUCGGCUUAUCUCACGACGUCGGUAGAAAUGGUCAAACCGAAUAUCACCCAAUUCGAUGAUUCACCACUGAGUCCACAUUCUCAACGAUCCUGGUAUAGCCCUCGAAGGUUGAAAAAGAAACGCAGCAUGCAAGGUAGUACGAGGACGGUCAGCAAUCCUGGCAGUCCAGCGGUCCAGAGUAUUGCAUCCUUCGACCCUGGUGUUAUUGAGGCAGAUAGGGUGGCCAGACAGCGAGAGCUGGAACAUCUGUACGCGGCGGCGCUGGAACAGGAAGCAGCCAAAUCUCGAAACACGGUCACGGAGGACGAAAUGUCUCUACCCGAGCCCACAUCCUUCAGGUCGAGAAGACAACCUCCGAGGCUUCUGACAUCGGCUCCUGCUCUUGCACAUUUACACUUGCAAGAUUCUCAGAUCAGUCCCGUAUCUCCCAGGAGCCCGAUCCGAGCCAUAUAUCCUCCACGCUCUCCUCAUUUCCACCCAACAUCGCCCAUCUCACCUAUGCAGCCAGACUACGGACAAGUCGCAUCCCCAAAACUACGAAUGCCAAUAUCCCCAGGCGCCGCGUCGACGCGUACGCGGACAUCUUCAUUCGGAUCUCAAGUCGAAGGCAAACGACCUCGAAAAGGACUUCGCAACUUACGCAUCCAACAUCGCCAUUACCCAAGCGAAGUAUCUGACGAAGAGGUACGCACACCGUUGACUCCGAGAUAUUAUAUCGACCCAGGUAUCCCGCCCAGCCCACCACCCAGAAGUGAGGCACCUACUACGCCGGGCACACACGAUGGCUACGGAACACCUGUGGAUGUCGAAAACUUUGACGAAAUCAGAGCCAUGCCCCGAUCGGAGCCACAGCGAGCUGGAAGCUAUCAGUACGAAAUCACGCGAGUAGCAAGUGCUGCGUCCAGGCAAACGGAACUCAGAUUAGACACAGCUGUUUCGGGUGGUCGCAGCAUCAACAACCUAUCUGUGUCUACCAUGGGGACGCUGCCUUUUCGUGCCAUGGUACAAUCAGAUGGUGUGCCAUUGGCAUCACCUGGUCUCGUCACAAAGACCACUUACCUAGAGAGGCGUCGCGACAUGUUGAGUGCACCUCGUACAGGCAUGGCUACACCGUACAGUCCGUACAUGCCAUACACGCCCGUGACACCUGUAACACCUCAUUUGACAAGCAGAGCAGAGAGAAGACAGCGUGAGAGGGAUCAAGGAAGACGUGCUCCAGCCGCGAUAGACCAAGUCAUCGAUGAGGAGGAUAUGUGGGGAAGUGGCUAUUAA